ACUAUUUUCAUUCAAGAUGGCUGCGUCCAUGAGGCAAAUGCUUUCGCGACUUUCAAGUGUGAAGAUGCCUGAACGCCUUAAAACGGGUCUCCCCAAAAAGAUCGGCGAGUAUCUCAGCAACAUGCACCGUGAUUACAAAGCCGCUACAGUGGACGUCUUCACGGACAUGAAAGAGCGCCCUUUCAAGGCAGCUUUUUACAUCGCAAGUUUGAGCGCCAUAGGAUACAUGGGGAGCCAGGCCCCUGACGAAGAGAACUUUGAGAAAGAACUGGUUGAAGCCAGCAAUGACCUACUCCUACUGAGCAACCUGACCAGGAAUCAAGGCUCGGACCUUCACGUCCAGAAAAUGAUGGCUCUGCAGAAUGCUGGUGUUCUUCGAUACAUGAGCCUUGGCGUGUGCUCGCUGAUCUGGGAGGAUCACUUUGACAAGCGGGUUGCAUUGUACGAUGCCAAAUGUGACUAUCUUACCGUGUCGUGGAGGGAGUUUCCGGACAGGAUACGAGACGUGGGGUUCAUGGGACGUUGGCAUUACUUGUCAAAAGCAAUGGAGGACUAUGACAUCAAUGAACUUGAAUUUCAAAAUGCAUCAUCUGGACAGUUAGUGUAAUACAUGUAUAUAAAAAUAAGCUAUACAGACUCUUUUGUUCGGGGAGCAAAACUAUAUCCAUUACCUAUAUAGAAAUUGUUAUUAUUGACUGUUUUCUUGAACUAUAAGAGAAUAUCAAAUCUUUCAUUAAAAUCUGUAUUUGGAACACCAAGAAUUAUACUGUAUCAUCAGCAUCUGGUGAAUGUAUUGUGAAAUUCUACUAACUCAUGUUCAUUGACUCCGGAUCAAAAGGAAUUAAGAGUACAUAUACAUAUAUAUUGAUGUGCAUUUUGAAUCAUCUGAAACUGAAGGAUUUAAGAAAAAUAAAUCUGUAAAAAUGAAUAAUGAUCGGUAAAAUAUACUUUUGUACUCGUUGCAGCCUUAUCCUAUACAAGUAUGUAUUUUCACAUCUUAAAAAGCUAUCUCUUUUAUCAGAUGUAUUUCAGGAUGACGGGCCAGUACUAUUGAUAAUAAUUUUAAAGCAUUCAAUUACAGCUCGCUCAUAUGGAUCAACUCCUUUUGAGAAUAUAAAACUAGAGAGUUGCCAGGCCGAUACCCUGUAAUGAUAUACAUGCAGAAUAAGCAGUAGAAAGGUAUUUAUAUGGCUAUAUUAUUUGUACAACUAUAAUUUGUAGUCAGACGGAUGUGCCCCCCCCCCCCUACAGUCUGCGAGCACAGAGGCUAAUGCGAUACCUUACCACAAGUCUUAAUACCUUGAGCAGAGCCAAGAUUUAUCGGUCUCUAACUGUCGGCUAAAGUACAAGAACCUAUUGCAGCCUCAUACUAGUGCACUGUUAUACGCAAUGACUGGCAAUAGUUGUGUCUGCAAACUACCCCCUCCCCCUCCCUUGUUUGAAAGCCCCCCCCCCCCAAGUGUUUGCCCAGCCUGCCCCAGGUACUAUAUUCCUACCUCCUUUGGAGGGGAGUUGUAUGAACAGUGAGGGUCGUGUAUUAGUCAUUUUGUGUAAUACAUAGAGAACUAAAUGUGUAUUGGAAAAAUGUCCUCGCAUAAAAUCAUCAUAACAUCAAUUUGGACUUUUAAGGCAGUGAAAUCAACUUUGAAAGUGAUAUUUCUAUGAAAUAAAUUUUAUUUUAACUGUGGCCAAACUGUUUUUCUGCUAUUAUUUUGAUACUUGUUUUAGAGGUGGAUUGCCAGAAUUGUACAUCAGCUAAGGUAUUAUGUAACAAGUUCUAAUAUGGUUAAAGGUAAUACAAAGUUUUGGUAUGGGGUCAUGAAUUUGGUUCAAAUGAACAUAUUGGAAACAUGCGAUCCUUCAAUAUUCAGUGAUCGCUGUCGCAGUUGAAAUAGAGUCUAAGUUGUGAAAGUUUUGAUAAUACACUUGCGCUUAGAGACUUCGGUGGUAAGCGCUUUAUAA